AUGACGAUCAACAAAGUCGAGAAACUGGUACCAAAUUUGAAAAACAAGCCUGUGUACGUGGUACAUAUUAGAGCUCUACACGAAGCCAUAAAGCAUGGGCUUGAACUGAAGAAAGUACAUAGGGUCAUUCAAUUUAAUCAAAAGCCAUGGCUUAGGGGAUACAUAGAUCACAACACGGGGUUGAGGACUGCUGCCAAAAAUGAGUUUGAGAGGGAUUUCUACAAGCUCAUGAACCUCUCGGUGUUCGGUAAAACUAUGGAGAACUUUAGGAAUCAUCGUAACAUUCAGCUGGUCACCAACGAGGAAAAAUAUAUGAAGCUUGUGAUGAAUCCAUACUUUAAAGGUGGAAGCCGGUUCAGUAAACACCUCCUAGGCGUUAAAAUGGGGAAGACGGAGGUCAAAAUGAACAAGCUUGUAUACAUAGGACAGGCAAUACUAGAUAUAUCAAAAUUAAUUAUUUACGAGUUCCAUUAUGAUUUCAUGUUACCGAAGUAUGGUAGCAAGCUGCAGCUCUGUUACAUGGACACAGACAGCUUCGUUUACCACAUUCGAACAGAAGACUUUUAUCGUGACAUUGCGCAGGAUGUUGAGAAACGAUUCGAUACGAGUGCCUAUAAUUCAGAUAAUGGGAGACCUCUUCCUCUGGGGAAGAACAAAAAAGUCGUCGACCUCAUGAAGGAUGAAUUAAGUGGAAAAAUUAUGACCGAGUUUAUCACCUGGAGAGCAAAACUCUAUACCUAUGAGGGCCUUGCAAAAGAGAGGGUGACAGGAAAGCGAAAGAACAAGAAGCAUCAAAUAUACACCCAAAAGGUGAACAAAUUAGCCUUAAACAGGGCAGACGAUAAAAGGCUCGUGCAACAAGAUCAUAUUUUAAAACUGGUCCGUGGACACUGCCGCCGGUAG